CUAAACUCCUGUGUCAGCCUGUAAACAUUACCUGAGAAUUCCCCAGCCGACACGGCUGCUGGGGCAAGAAACUUCUUGUUAGAACGUCCCACCUCCGGCUUCCCCGCCACCCCUCUCGCGGUCCCAGCCUUAUAAGACGCUUUUUCUCCUCCCGAGGGUUGACCUUUUUUUUUUUUUUUUUUAAGUCUCCCCCCCCCCCCUUUUUUUUUCUAGCCGGUGCUUUGCAUUUGGGGAAAGGUCAUUUCAAGAGUGACCAGGUGGGACGCCUCUCUCUUUUAUUCGGUUUAUUUAUUAUUGCUUUGGGGCGUUUUCUUUUUUAAUUCCUGUUUGUUCCGUCCGGGGAGUUUCGCCCCCUGCCCGGCUCCGCGGCGCGGAGGAUGGUGUGGAAAUGGCUGGGCGCCUUGGUAGUGUUCCCUCUGCAGAUGAUCUACCUAGUGGCCAAAGCGGCGGUCGGACGGGUGCUGCCCGCCAAGCUGCGGGACCUGUCGCGGGAGAACGUCCUCAUCACCGGCGGCGGGAGAGGCAUUGGGCGACAGCUCGCUCGCGAGUUUGCAGAGCGCGGCGUCAGAAAGAUUGUUCUCUGGGGUCGGACUGAGAAAUGCCUGAAGGAGACGACGGAGGAGAUCCGGCAGAUGGGCACAGAGUGCCACUACUUCAUCUGUGACGUGGGCAACCGGGAGGAGGUAUACCAGACGGCCAAAGCUGUCCGGGAGAAGGUGGGUGACGUCACCAUUCUGGUCAACAACGCCGCUGUGGUCCACGGGAAGAGCCUGCUGGACAGCGACGACGACGCCCUCCUCAAGUCCCAGCACAUCAACACCUUGGGCCAGUUCUGGACCACCAAGGCCUUCCUGCCGCGCAUGCUGGAGCUGCAGAACGGCCACAUCGUGUGCCUCAACUCCGUGCUGGCGCUGUCCGCCAUCCCCGGCGCCAUCGACUACUGCACGUCCAAAGCCUCCGCCUUCGCCUUCAUGGAGAGCCUGACCCUGGGGCUGCUGGACUGUCCCGGCGUCAGCGCCACCACCGUGCUGCCCUUCCACACCAGCACCGAGAUGUUCCAGGGCAUGAGGGUCAGGUUUCCCAACCUCUUCCCCCCGCUGAAGCCCGAGACGGUGGCCCGGAGGACGGUGGAGGCUGUGCAGCUCAACCAGGCCCUCCUGCUGCUGCCCUGGACCAUGAACAUCCUCAUCAUCUUGAAAAGCAUACUCCCACAGGCUGCCCUGGAGGAGAUCCACAGAUUCUCAGGAACCUACACGUGCAUGAACACUUUCAAGGGGCGGACAUAGAGGCCGGAGGAAGAGACGCUCGCGGAGCCACGGAGCCUGAAGGGGCCAUGGAACCUGGGCACACGCCCAGGCGCCUGCCUGUUGGCACAUUUCUGCUGGGUGAGCAGGGCUGCUCCUGAUCCCAGGGAAGAAUAUGGCAGCCCCCCAGGUCAGCCCCAGGACCUCUGCACAGGACUGAUGGGUGUAACUCUGAUCCCCACGGGGAGGCAAGAAACCAGCUAGCAGCUGCCUUGACACUUUUCUACGUUUCUGAUUCUGUAGAGUUUAUUGUUAAAUCGCUUCUCAAGUCUAACCAGCCUCAGCAGUGUGCACAGACUAUGUGUGGGAGGGUCUGUCCCUAGAUGCGCCACCUCCCCCCUCAAACCCACUCAUCCUCAGCUUGCGCAAACUGGCGGAACAGCUGGAAAGAAAAAUAAAGAGAGAUGGCUUUUGCAAGUCCCCAU